ACAGACGAAACUAACAAUCAGUACGUAUUGAACGCUCGCGAAAGCAACGUGCUUGUUGUAAACAAAUUGAAUUUAAUUAAAAAUAAAAUAAUAUACAGAAAAUAAGCUGCUGUGUAAACAAGUGUUUCUGCUUGUGCGAAAGAUACAUAUAAAGGAAUAAGAAAGUCAUUUCAAAACAGAAAAUAAAAAUGGAGUUCAACAAUCGUCUUUUGCUGAAAAUCAUUGAGCUGGGCAUCGCGAUCGCCUGUAUUGUGCUUUGGGAGACCUCUGGCGCGUUGUCCUCGAGACCGCUGAUCGUCUGCGGCACACUGGGUGGUUUCACUAUCAUCUGCGGUGUGCUGUUGAUUGGACACAUACUCAACUCGAUUGUGGAGAAGCGUCUGAAUGCGCUCAUCUCGAUUUUGGGCUGCGUGCUCUUCGUUAUCUCCGGCGCCCUGAUCAUCGAUGAGUGGCAUGAUAACUCGAAUUUCCUCUUCAAGGAUCGCAAACGCAAUGCCCUCGCUGCUGGUUCGUUGAUGAUCAUCAACGGUGCCGUCUUUCUAUUGGACACACUCUCCAUUUGCAGAACUCGCCGUGAAGUUCCGAUCAUUAAGGAAGUAUCGAAAAAUGCUUACGAUUUGAAUCGUUACUAGUAAAUCUUUAACUGUAAGGACCAUGUGUGUCUCUGAUGGACUGGAAAUGUUAAAUAUUUUUGUGAUAUUAGUUUAAUCUUUACUUUAAGUAGUUAAUAAAUAUUUAUUAUCCGAAAAAUCGA